AAAGAGUCUGGCUGUUCAAAGCUUCAAGGCAGCUGCUGCAUACCUGAAGUCAAAUGCAUGUCAGACAGAGACUGGAAGAACAAGUGUUGUGGACUUAAGUGUGAUGGAGUUUGCAAUAGGAAACUUCUGCACACUCUUCCUCAUUGUGCUGCUGGCACUGGUCGUGUUGCCUUCAGUAUUUGGAAUAUCACUGGGGAUUGCAGAAAUAUAUCUGAAGAUUGUGACAAAAAUUAUAGAGUGGAUGUCAAAGGAGAUUCAGGAUGAAUUAAAAAAGCAGAAGAUAUUAGCCAAAUGCUAUUCUCCAACUGGUAUCAUACAAAGAGGUGAAAUCACCAUGAAGGCGGCAAUUGCAAGCCAGAGACUAGAGGGCUUUGAGUUUUCUGACCUCUUUUAUUUCUCCAAGAAGGGACUUGAAACCAUUGUUGAAGAUCAAGUCACCCAAAGAUUUACCUCAGAAGAGCCUCUCUUUUGGAACCUUCUCACCAGAACCAGCAUAAACUACCAGUACCUCAAUUGGAAACUGACCUUAGUAUGGUUCUUCGGGGUUCUGUUUCGCUACUGCUUCCUCCUGCCUUUUCGGUGA